AAGGGCUUAAGCAGUGAGAACCGAGCUAGCCUGUUCCAGGCUUUCGGUCAGUGGGGACGAUCAAAGACGCGGCCGCGUCACGAACGGGAUCUGGGACCGUUGGUCGCCCGCCCGCCCGCUUUUUCGAUCGCCCCCACUGACUGAGAGCUUAGAACAGGCGAGAACCAAACAAGGGCUAAUGUUGCCAAUUAGUGUGUUGAUUCUCGGGACAUUUCAAUCUCUGACAAAAAGCGGAGUAACCUUUCAUUAAUCUUGACGUGAAUUCCGGGUACUUCGAUAUAUUUUACAAUAUUGUAACUUGAAAUUACGUUUUUACUCGGGCUUUCCGAAGGAAACGCCCGAGGUAUAAAUUCGGCUUCGUUUUCUGUUUUUGUUUUUUUUGCGUUCAGUCACAAAUCGCCGUCGAGGUUACGGCGCAUGCGUAGAAUCUGUAUAGUGCGCAUGCGUAGUUUGCGCUACUGAAGCACAUGGGCGAGUAAUGGCGGAUGGUGUUAAGGUCUCGUCGGUGACUGCGAUUUCUGUGUCACAGUCAUCAACAAAAUGGCAUACAGCCCUGGAAAAUCGCCUUCAAAGAGAAAAUCAGAGUCCGUGAUCGGAUAUGUUCACGAAUUAUCGCCGAUCAAGAAGAAUAAAUCCCGCACGAUCGAGUACCAUUCGCUGACGCUGCAAACAUCGAGUACUCAACAUCGUGAAGCCCUCCUGUAUUCAACUCAAAAGAGUAAGUUCUUGGAAGAGAGUUUGGAAACCAGGACACCAGUGAAAUUUCAGAACAUUACGUACACCGCGGACGGCAAAAAAAUUGUCAUAAAUGACAUGACCUUACUCACCACUCCAAAGCCAAGUAAAUACGACUUCCAAUACGCAGACUUGGCGCAGCAUGAGGACACAACACCAGUCCCGAUUAUCGACGUACUUAACAAACAUAAUCAAUGGGACACUGUUACCAUCAAAGGAAAGAUUGCACAAAUAAAGGAUACCACAAUCGUCGGAUCAAAGAAACUGAGACUCUGCCAAGCACUGAUUGCAGACAACACCGCAACCAUGCCAUUAGAUAUAUGGGAGAACAAUAUCGCAACAUUCAAACUUGGAUCCAUCUACAUUGUAGCACCAGUCCAAGUGCGUGUUUGGUCACGUACCAAAAAACUCAGCACUAUAGUUAAAACAACUGUGACUGAGACCACCGACGAAACUCUUUCAGACAUCUCUCUAGUAUCAAGCAAGCUAGACGAAAAUGAACCCGACCUUGCAACGGUAACAUAAAGGAAGUUCUACGAGUCCAGAGCAGCGACAAAUUUCGGAAGUGCCUAAAAUGCGACCGUAAGGUUCAAGAUUGCUCUUCUCGGGUGGUCAACUGCCAAAAGUGUGGGAGCAUGAGAGCAGAUAAAUGUAAAUAUGGCCUCACCCUAAAAGUGAAAGUCAAACUUAGUAAUGAUGAGGAACUUACCAUCAAGUUCGGCGAUGAAUCACUAGCAAAAAUCCUCAAUGCCGAAAUCCUAACAAUGGAUGAGGACUCUAUCACUGAACAAUUGCUGUUUAUUGAAGACAUGAAGAUUACUUAUAAUGUUCACGCACAUACCCUUGAAAAUAUCUUAUAAGCGCAUGACACUGUAGAGUACGGAAAAUAUUUGUUGUUGAGAUUUGUUACCGUUUGUCACAUUAGAUCCAAUAGAAUUUGAACAAUAUUCAUAUCGUUAAACAUAUCCCUUAUCUUAAGACCGUAUUAUAUAGGGUCUGGACAAUAAUUACAGGUUGAAUUAAUUAAAGUCUUUGUAAGAGCCAUAUUCAAAUUAUUUAGAAAACUUGUCUUAAUAAAACCGUUAAUGUCAAUAAUAUGAAGAUUUCCUUGCUUCCGCGCACUGCCUUCUACACCAACAAUUCCGCGCUCAUGCUUUUCCUUCUGGUAAGGUCUUUUUUAUCUUUUUUAAGAAAAACAUUAUUUACAUAUGAAUUAUACAACGUGAUAAAGAGAUACUGCUGGCAAUUUAAUAUUCGACAAACAUUAUCUUUACGUUUUCUGCCGUCACCUGAUACAGGGCCAACAAAUCUGGUGUCAAAUAUCUUUGAGAUUUUCACGUUGCUUAAAGACGACUUCUGUAGCGUUCGACUUUUACAUAGCAAGAUGUCGCAAAAAAGCCCGAGUUCACGCAGUCAUGCGUCUAGUUCUAAUUACUCUCAUGUUAUAAAUUUCCUUUCCGGCAAUUUUUUUUUAUUUUAUCGUAUCCUGACCGCUUCUUUUUCUUAGAAAUCCGUAGCCAUUGUGUUGCCUCAAUCAUGUUUACAAUUCUUGAACCAGGAUAUCUCCGAAUUGACCGUUUUUAUAAUUUUCUUUCC